AUGGCUGCUGUGCCUCUGUUCCUGCUCACGACUCUCCUGCCCCUGCUGGUGCUCACCGCCCAACAGGACUCUAGCAUUGUGAAUGGCCGGGAGGCUAAGCCACACUCCAGACCUUACAUGGUCUCUGUGCAGGAAAAUAAAAGCCACAUCUGUGGUGGUUUCCUGGUGUCCGACUCCUUCGUAAUGACUGCAGCACAUUGCCUGACAUGGGGACAGAACUUGACAGUUCUGCUCGGUGCCCAUGACAUUUCUGAGAAUCAAAAGUCAAACAGGGCUGAAGUGAAGUUUUACCACAUCCACCCUGGGUUUGAUGUUGAUACACUGGAAAAUGACAUCAUGCUGUUGCAGCUCAAGACUGCAGUUAAGAAGACCAAAGAAGUGCAGUGGAUCCCACUCCUUAAGAAAGAUAAGGACGUCAAGCCCAAAACAGUCUGCAGCGUGGCAGGAUGGGGGGCAAACAAAACCAAAGGGUAUGCAAGCCCACGCCUUCUGGAAGUCAACGUGACCGUUAUGAACCGAAAGACAUGCAUAAAAGACUGGGUUCCGGAUCCAAUCACAUCCAGGAUGAUCUGUGGAGCGUUAAACAUCGACAAUAAAGGCGCCUGUCAGGGGGAUUCUGGAGGUCCUCUGGUGUGUAAGGGCACAGCGGUGGGAAUUGCGUCCUUCAAUGACGGAAACUGCAAUGAACCUAAAAGACCGAAUGUCUACACUCAAAUAUCCAAAUACCUGUCCUGGGUCAAAUGUAUCAUAAGCAGUCAUCAGCAGGACCACUCAGCUCUCUCAGACACCAUGGCUACUGUGCCUCUGUUCCUGCUCACGACUCUCCUGCCCCUGCUGGUGCUCACCGCCCAACAGGACUCUAGCAUUGUGAAUGGCCGGGAGGCUAAGCCACACUCCAGACCUUACAUGGUCUCUGUGCAGGAAAAUAAAAGCCACAUCUGUGGUGGUUUCCUGGUGUCCAAGUCUUUUGUCAUGACUGCAGCACAUUGCCUGACAUGGGGACAGAACUUGACAGUUCUGCUCGGGGCCCAUGACAUUUCUGAGAAUGAAAAGUCAAACAGGGCUGAAGUGAAGUUUUACCACAUCCACCCUGGGUUUGAAGCUGAUUCACUGGAGAAUGACAUCAUGCUGUUGCAGCUCAAGACUGCAGUUAAGAAGACCAAAGUAGUGCAGUGGAUCCCCCUCCCUAAGAAAGAUAAGGACGUCAAGCCCAAAACAGUCUGCAGCGUGGCAGGAUGGGGGGCCAAUAAAACCGAAGGGUAUGAAAGCCCACGCCUUCUGGAAGUCGAUGUCAUUGUCACAGACCGAAAGAUGUGCAGAACAAAAUGGGGGAAGAAACCAAUCACACCCAGGAUGAUGUGUGCAGGGGGAAGCGUUGGCAACAGAGGCUUCUGUCAGGGGGAUUCUGGAGGUCCUCUGGUGUGUAAGGGCACAGCGGAGGGAAUUGUGUCCUUCAAUGAGGCCAGAAACUGCAAUGAACCUAAAAUACCAAAUGUUUACACUCAAAUAUCAAAAUACCUGUCCUGGGUCAAAUGUAUCAUAAGCAGUGUAAAGUGAACCACAGUUAAAAUGCGAACCCAUUGUUUAAAUACUGCAACUAAAGCGCAUCAUGAACAAUAUAUGAUCCAUGCAUUUGA